UAAUUUGUCAGUCUGCAAUCUGCAAUCAUUCAUUGUCUUAUUUUCAUGCUGGGGUUUGUGAAAUAAAUUUUAAAAAUUGUUUCACCUACAACAUUUACAUCAAAAAUCAGUUUAUGGCUCUUAUAACAAACCCUCAUAAUAUAAAUAUAACCUAGCCGAAGCUGUAAAGAUGCGAUAGUGUAAUAUCUUAAAAGUGCCAAUUGUUGCGUAUAUUUCUGAUGUGGCCCAAUCAUGUUGAGUCGAACAGUGACAUAAAUCGACUGAUACCUACUUCAGAAACUCGUUGAUUUAUUUUAAUUUUCCUAAAAUGGCAUAUCAAACUCUUUUACAAGAAUAUAUGCUUAUCCCCCCAGUAACACGAGCUUAUACCACUGCUUGUGUCGUUACCACCUUGGCGGUUCAACUUGACUUGGUGUCACCAUUUCAAUUAUAUUUUAAUCCAAUUCUCAUAUUAAAAAGAUAUCAACUAUGGAGGCUGUUAAGUACAUUCCUCUUCUUUGGCAACCUAGGAUUCAACUUCUUUUUCAAUAUAAUAUUCACAUAUAGAUACUGCAGGAUGUUGGAAGAAGGAUCAUUUCGAGGGAGAACCGCAGACUUUGUGGUCAUGUUCAUAUUUGGAGGAGUUCUUAUGAUUUUAUGUGCUUUUUUUGUUAAUUUAUUAUUUUUAGGACAAGCUUUUACUAUAAUGAUAGUGUAUGUGUGGUCAAGACGAAAUGUGUUUGUUCGGAUGAAUUUCUUCGGGCUCAUGAACUUCCAGGCCCCAUACCUUCCUUGGGUGUUGCUCGGUUUCUCUGUACUACUUGGCAAUGCCAUAUCUGUUGACUUGGUGGGCAUGGCCAUUGGACACAUCUAUUUCUUCAUGGAAGAUGUAUUGCCACUUCAGAAUGGGGGCCAAAAAUUACUAAAAACACCUAAAUUCCUAAAGAAGAUAUUUGAUCCACCAGAAGAGCCGGAGUAUGUCCCACUGCCAGAACUGGCAAACAUCCGCCCUGGAGGAUUUGACUGGCGAGGAGGUCAAUAAUAUGUAAAUCAUUUUGUAUGUAUGUACUAUAAAUACAGUGAGAAUUUGUAAGGCCAAACUUUUAAUAUAUUAGAAUAAAAUGUUUUUCUUUAUUUGGUUCAGUAGGUUUAUGUAGACAGGUGUACAAUAAAAGAAUUUAUUUAAAAACCAAUGUAAGCACUAAUUGUGUUUGUAGUCAAACUAAUAAACAAAAGAUAAUGGUACAAAAAAUAAAAACAUGUUGGUUCCAGGAUAUUAAUUUGUUUUAUAAUUUAAUAGGUUAAGUUUUUUGUGAAUACAGCUCAGUUCAUUACAAUAAUAUCCUGGUUUGUCUAUAAGUAUUUACUUAAUUAUAAGUAAUGGUUUGUUAAUGCUAAACCUAUCAUUACUCAAGUGAAAAAAAGGAGUUCAGAAAAAACAAAUUGCUAUGAUCAGCAUCGUUUAUUUAACUUUUCAUUCAAGUUUCAGAGUAGUUAUUAUAUAUUGGUAAAAUUGACAAAUUGUUUUUUAGGAAUUUCAGUAUUUCCAUAAGUAGGUCAUUUAAUAUGCGAGCGAACAUACUCUGCAUGAGUUUAGUAUGUAAUCGAGAUAUUGCAAAUUCAACAUUAAAUAUCUCCAUAAAAAAUAAAUACAUUCAGGCCUAAAAUCCGCAAUGACAAAAUAAGACUCGAAGAAAAUAACUUGAUAAGAAUGUACAAAAAGCAAAUAUAAAUGUUACAUAGAACCGUUAAUAAAUGAUUGUUGGAAAUGUGAAUCUAUAACAUCUUAUUAAAUCUACAGUAACAACAAGAACAGUAAAACUAUAUCAGUCUUCAUUCAAACUUUGAAACAUACAAUCCUCAAGUCCCAUAAUGAUCAUUUGAUUUCUCAUCUUCCAAAAGAUUAAGAUGUUUUCUAUAUUUUCGUAUACAAAAAAAAAUAUAUAUAAAAAAUCAGAAUUAAAAUGUGACAUGUCGCCAAUAGUUUGAUACAUUAUUGCUCAAUUUACGAUAUGAAUGUAAAAGGCUUAUUGCACAGUAUAUCGAAAAUUUCUUAAAAAUUUACACGACGGUUUUUGAAACCAUUCAAUAUAAAAUGUUCAUUGCGGCCGUUAAAUUCAACACAGAGAUCAUGUUAAUUUCAAACAUUUACAUACAAUACAUUGAUGACAAAUAUACGCACAACUCCAUAUCACUAUACAAGUGACUAGUGUUUUAUGCUGUCAUUCAUAAGAAAUACACAAAUCACAAUUUGCAAGCAGAAAAUUCAGAUCGUACUGGGGUGUGUCCAUCUAAAAUACUGCUCGCGAGCACACAAGCAACUUACAUGAAAGUGAUGACAUUUGUUGCUAUCAAAACCGAUACAAGAAUAUUAGACUCAUUGAUGGUAAAACAAUGUACAGCAUAUUUAUAGGGCUUGAUAUACAUAUCUAUUUUACAUUAUGGUUUGCCCGUUUGAAAUGUAGUAUGAAAGAUCAAAAACAUCUGAUAUUCUAUAUACAUUUUCUAAUCUAUACCCAUUUUGUUUACUCAUAGCAACAAGGAAGCCUUUGAAUAUUAUAUAUCUACACAACCAGUUACCAAAAAAGAUAUUGUUUUGGUUAUCAUCAGUUGUACCCUAGAACAGACACCUGGGUGACAACUGAAAAAAUCUUCCCAGUUUUUCUAACUUUAGGCCAAAUUUUGAGAAUGGCGGGUAU